AAUCUACGAAUUAAGGAGGGAAGAGACGGAGUUUAUGGUGCUACAGAACCAUCAUGGAGUCUGAGCAGGAAGCUCUACAAAGGAUUAUCACAACUCUGGCAAACAAAAACGAUGAAAUUCAGAACUUUGUUGAUACACUGAAUCAUACCCUAAAAGGAGUACAGGCCAACUCAUCUAACAUACUUUCAGAGUUGGAGGAGGAAUUUGAUGGUCUGUACUCUAUCCUGGAUGAGAUGAAAGAAAGUAUGACCAGCACAAUCAAACAGGAACAAAUUCAUAAAACACAAGAGCUACAGAAUCAACUCAGUCAGUGUACUCAUGCCUUAGAGAAUUCAGAAGAGCUCCUAGAAUUUGCUACCCGGUCACUAGACAUAAAGGAACACGAGGAAUUCUCAAAGGCUGCCAGACAGAUCAAAGAUAGAGUUACAAUGGCUUCAGCUUUUCGCCUUUCUUUGAAACCAAAGGUCAGUGACAACAUGACUCAUUUGAUGGUGGAUUUCUCUCAGGAAAGGCAGAUGCUCCAUACUUUGAAGUUUUUGCCAGUUCCCAAAGCUCCAAUGAUCGAUCCAGUGGAGUGCCUAGUAGUUGACAACACUGUAAAUGUUGCUUGGAGAAUGCCGGAAGAAGAUAACAAAAUCGAUCACUUCAUAUUGGAAUAUAGGAAAACCAACUUCGACGGGCUUCCCCGAGUCAAGGAUGAGAGAUGCUGGGAGUCGAUUGACUACAUUAAGGCCACUGAAUAUACACUGUCCGGCUUAAAAUUUGAUUCAAAAUAUAUGAACUUCCGAGUACGAGCGUGUAACAAGGCUGUGGCAGGAGAGUAUUCUGAUCCAGUGACAUUGGAGACCAAAGCACUGAACUUCAGUUUAGACAGCUCCUCCUCACAUCUGAAUCUGAAAGUUGAAGAUUUUUGUGUGGAGUGGGAUCCUACUGGAGGAAAAAGUCAAGAAAACAAAAUAAAAGGAAAGGAGAAUAAAGGAAGUGGCCAUGUUACUGCACUGAAGAAAAAUACAAGAAGUGGUACACCAUCACCAAAAAGGACAUCAGUAAGCUCCAGGCCACCGACAGUAAGGGGCAGCAGAGAUCGCUUUACUGGUGAAUCAUACACUGUAUUGGGAGACACUGCUAUUGACAGUGGACAACACUACUGGGAGGUGAGAGCGCAGAAAGACUGUAAAUCCUACAGCGUGGGAGUAGCUUACAAGACUCUGGGGAAAUUUGACCAGCUGGGAAAAACAAAUACUAGCUGGUGUAUCCAUAUCAACAACUGGCUACAAACUACCUUUGCUGCAAAACACAACAAUAAAGCCAAAGCCCUAGAUGUGACUGUUCCUGAAAGGAUAGGCGUCUACUGUGAUUUUGACGGAGGUCAGCUCUCCUUCUAUAAUGCAAAUUCGAAGCAGUUGCUGUAUUCAUUUAAAACAAAGUACACCCAGCCAAUACUCCCUGGUUUUAUGGUGUGGGGUGGCGGACUUUCUUUGAGUACCGGGAUGCAGGUGCCAAGUGCUGUGAAAACACUGCAGAAGAGUGAAAACGGAAUGAAUGGUUCAACUGGUAGCUUGAAUAAUGUUGCUCAGUAACGAGUCUGUGCAGAAAAUGUUUAUUCCCAUUUUGAUGGGAGUGGUUUUCUUGUUUUGGAGCGGGGGCUUUUUUUGUUUGUUUUUGGUCCAGUUGCAGGAAUUUUUGAGCAGUGGAUUAAUUGGAGUUGCUUCCCAACCUGGGUACUGAAGCCUAGCAGAUAGAAAAACCAUAGAUCUGCCUUCCUAAAGAGUAGGUGGGGAAAUAGACAACGGUAGCAGCGAGCUUUAAUUUUUAGAUGGAAUUUCUUUUUUUUUUUUUAAGUGUCCUGGAUGUCGUCAUGCUAAAAUUUAGUUAAUCCUAAGAGACAGGUACGGUCUCUGUUGGGAAGACACUUCCUCCUUUCCCCCCUGUUUUCUUCCCCACUCUUCACUGCUGUCUAGUUGGGAGGCCCUCACAAAACCUUCAAUGACUGAGAGUGGUGGCAGAGAGGGUAGGGGUUCUGAGGGCAGUCUCUGCAGCUGGGGUCAGGAGGCAUUAUGUCUGGGGGGACAUGGGGGAAGGAAGGAGUGGGAGACAGAAGGACUCUUGUCUCCUCUCCUCACACCCUCACCAGGCUUGGGAAGGAAGAAAGGUGGUGGGAAGCCUCUUGGUAACGUGCAGUGAGGUGGCACUCCUGGAGUAAACAUCGGCUGCACCCCUUAAACAUCCAACACACUCUUCACUAUCAGCCUAACGGCCUCUCCCUAACAAGGCAUCAGGGGGUCCUCCUGGAAGUGUGAUUAGCACCCACCCAUAUAUGUUAAUCACUAACACUUUAGGUGGGCUGAGGAGGAGGAGAAGGAACAGGAGGCCAUAACUACUCCUUUCAAAGGAAUUCCUCUUACCGAUCCAUCAGUCAGGCAAUGGUAUUUCUUGAGUGCUUACUGUGUGCAGAACACCGUACUAAGGGCUUGUACUAGAGUUGGUAAAUGCAGUCCCUGCCCACAGUGAGUUUAUAGUCUACAGGGGGAAUGUCCCCAGGGUGGUUGAUGAGGGUUCAGUGCUUCUCAGAAUGAGUGAUAAUUAUGGUACUUGUUAGGCGCUUACUGUGGGCUGGAUACUGUUCUAAGCUCUGGGGUAGA